GUUAUAAAAAUAUUCAUAUUAAACUCGAAAGUGCUAGGCCUAAUGAUUUGCCUAUAGCAAUAAGAAUUGAGCAUCGGAAAUGUCUUUCUGUAAAAAAUUUUAUUGAGAUAUCAUGCAGUCUUAUAGCUAGUACAAGUGCUUCUUUCCAACUUAUAAAAAUAGAUGAAAGCCAAGGAGUUAUAGGAAAUCAUAAAAGGAUUCGCAAUAAGGUUAGGGUUAAAGCAUUAGUUAUCAAGAAAACAGAUUUUGAUGCAGUUGCUACUUCCUGA